AUGCCCGUCCAUACGAAUAAACCAGGCUACUUUGGUAAAGGCUCCGUUGAAAUUGGGCCAGCAGCGGGACCCGGGGAAGGUCCAAUUCGACGUAUAGCAAUAUCUUCAGAAAGCCUUAUAACACAGCCGUUUGAAGGUAUCAAGACUGUAUACGACGUCCUCGAAUAUGCUGCCCGUACACAUGGAACACGGAGAGCUCUUGGCUGGCGUGAUAUUGUGGAUAUUCAUGAAGAGGAGAAGGAAGUCAAGAAAGUUGUAGGUGGAAAAGAAGUCACAGAGAAGAAGAAGUGGAAAUACUUUCAGCUCAGCGACUACAAGUAUAUCAACUUUAUCGAGCUCAAGGAUGCUGUUUCAGAAAUCGCGAGGGGUUUAGUUGAAAUUGGCGUUACUUCAGAUGAUGUAUUCAACAUAUUCUCCCAAACGAGUGUCAACUGGCAACUAAUGGCUAAUGCUUGUGGUUCAAUCUCAACGACCAUAGCUACAGCCUACGAUACCCUUGGUGAAUCUGGGUUGACGCAUUCAUUAAAUGAACCAGAGUGUGUAGGUCUCUUUACCAACGCAGAACUUCUCCCGACGCUCUACAAAGUUCUCGCCAAUACACCGUCAAUCAAAUUCGUCGUUUACGACGGCGAACCCUCCGAAAACCUCGUUGGAGACAUCAACGCGGUUCGCGAAUCCAUCCAGGUCUUUUCCAUCGACGAAAUUCGAGAACUGGGCAAAUCAAAACCCACGGAACCUCUUAGAGCUCGCCUUCCAAAACCAGAGACGAUGGCUUGUAUAAUGUACACUAGUGGCUCUACUGGACCACCGAAGGGUGUUUGUAUCACUCAUGCCAACCUGGUGGCAUCUAUCGGUGCUGUAUAUAAGCUCCUUGGCCACCACCUCACCUACGACGACACGUAUCUCGCUUAUCUCCCUCUCGCUCAUGUUCUCGAGUACAUCGUAGAGCUCAUCAUGCUCUUUGUUGGCAUGACCUCUGGCUACGGUCGCGUCAAGACCCUUACCGACGCCUCUGUGCGCCAGUGUAAAGGAGACCUGGCCGCAUUCCAGCCGAGUAUCAUGGUCGGUGUCCCUGCUGUCUGGGAGACGAUCCGGAAGGGAAUUGUCGCCAAAGUUAAUGCUGGAGGAACGGUCAGAAAAAGCGUCUUCAAUGGUGCGAUGUCAUUGAAGAAGAACGGUGUUCCUGUAUUGUCACAAGUGGCGGACAGUGUUGUGCUCAAAAAUGUGCGGGCGGCGACAGGAGGCAGACUACGAAUCACUUUAUCUGGUGGUGCUGCUCUCAGCCACGAGACGCAGAAGUUCCUAGAUACUGCAUUGGUAAUGAUCUUACAAGGGUACGGGAUGACUGAAUCCUGUGGAAUGUGUGCGAUCCUACCUCCGGAAAUGAUGCGUUACAGCAGUGUCGGUCUUCCGGUUCCUUCGAUAGAGAUCAAGUUACUGGACGUCAAGGAGGCUGGAUAUUUAUCAACAAACAAACCUCCCCAGGGUGAAGUUUGCAUUCGGGGUCCUUCGGUUACCAAGGGAUAUUAUAAGCGACCGGAUCUGAAUAAUGACGAGACAAUUUUCACGAAAGACGGCUGGUUAAGGACAGGUGAUGUUGGUCAGUGGAAUGAAGAUGGAACGUUGAGCUUGAUUGACCGGGUGAAGAACCUAAUCAAGCUUCAAGGUGGCGAGUAUAUUGCCCUCGAACGACUAGAAUCGACGUAUAAAGCAUGCAAUUACGUCGGCAACAUUUGUGUACACGCGACUCCUGAUGCCAAGCAACCUAUCGCUAUCAUCAUCCCGCACGAAGUACACCUGCGACACGCACUACAGAACAUAUCUGGUGUCGACUCUUCACGAUCACUCCCUGAGCUUUGUCACGAUCCCAAAGUGGCUGAGCUUGUACUGAAAGAGUGUAAUGCUAUUGGGAAGAAGAAUGGAUUUAAGCCUAUGGAAAUUCUUCAGGCUGUCAUUCUCACGCCAGAAGAAUGGACACCGGAGAACGGAUUGGUGACGGCUGCGCAGAAGAUUCAGAGGAACAAGAUCGCGAAAGAGUUUGCUCAGGAGAUCGAGGUGUGUUUGGCUCCUAUCUUUCCUCCUUACCUCCCACUUCCAGGCUAA